AUGUUUAAACAACAUACUUUAGUAUUUUAUUCAACAGUUAAACGUCUUGAAAAAGUUGAACAAACAACAAAUGUAUUAGUUAAACAAAUGGAAGAUAUUAAUUCCAAACAAAAUAUUCCUGAUGGUCUUCUCAUAGCUAAUGAAAUUGCAAGUCUUUAUAUUGAAUAUUAUGUCAAACCUGUUUUUCAUCGUCGAUUAGGACAUUCAUCAUGGGAUACAUUCUGUGAUAAACUUGCUGCAAUUGAAGCAGAAAUUGAUGAUAGAGCUUUAGAUGCUUCAGAAAAAGGUUUAACUAUUCCAUAUGAAACUUUAUAUAAAGAUUUAAUUAAUUAUUUACAACCUUUACAAAAAGAUAUUGGUUUAAGUUUAACUAAUAUUCGAUUUUUAAAACGUGAUCGAAAUGAUUUAGUUCAUUAUCGAUAUAAACGUGAUGAUCAACAAAAAGUUCUACUUGAAAAAGCAAAAAAAUUCAAUUUUCCUGAUACGUUCGAAUUUAAAGAUCUCGUUAAACGGAUGAUUGAUGAUCUCGAAAGAAAAAAAGAUCAUUUUCAUCACUUCAGAUAA